CAGCUUCCUGAACUGCGGGGAGCUUGUCGGGCGGUAGCUGCAAGCCGGGCACUGGCCGCAGGGGUCGCGAGUUCAGACGUCCCGACUCUUGUGUGGCGGUCGCGAUGUUUUUCUCCCAGGCCGGGAGCCGGCCGCGGAUGUGGGAAGCCAGCCCCUCAGAACACAAGAAGUGGGUGGAAGUAUUUAAAGCAUGCGAUGAAGAUAACAAAGGCUAUCUAAGCAGAGAGGACUUUAAAGUUGCUGUUGUCAUGCUGUUUGGGUACAAGCCCUCCAAGAUAGAAGCUGAUUCUGUGAUGUCUUCAGUAGAUCCCAACACUUCCGGGAUAUUACUUAAGGAGUUUUUAGACAUUGUAAGGAAAAAGAAGGAAGCUCAAGUAUAUCGGAAUGAAAUAAGACACAUCUUCACAGCUUUUGACAGGCACUAUCGUGGCUAUUUAACUCUGGAAGAUUUCAAAAAAGCAUUUAAGCAGGUGGCUCCCAAGUUAUCGGAAAGGAUUAUUCUCGAGGUAUUCAGGGAAGUAGAUCAAGACUCAGAUGGUCAUGUCAGCUUUAAAGACUUCGAGUAUGCCAUGAACUAUGGACAAAAUUGGGUUGUGACCCAUCUCCUGAGCCCGCAAACUGAGGAUGUGGCUGUCGGCAGCACUGUACAGCAUGGAAACCAGAGCAGAAGGAGGCCCACUUCCCCUGACUUCAGUUAGAAAAUUCCAGAAGAUGCUGAUCAGCCUGUCAUGGGGGCAAGGGCCCAGCCCGGGGCCAAUCCUACAGUCAGAGAAUGAGGGUCACACUGUAAGAUGCCUGCUCCUACUCAACACCAGGACCAUCAAGUGAAAUGGAAAAUCCCCAGAAGGACAGCCAAGUAGCCACCCCCACUCACGUCAACUCUAACUGAGCCAUUAAAGAGGCCAGAAGUCGCCCUUGCCCCCGGCCUGCCGCAAGGGGACUUCUCAAUGGCCAGGACCCACCAUAGUCUUCUAGUUUGUUCUUUUCUAGACAUUGCACUUCUGACUGAUUCCUCCUGGCAUUGUGUCUGUGUGAUAUCGUUGGUGUGUGUAACAUCAUAUAUCACCCAUGGGCCACAGAAGGGUCAUCUGGAGCUUCCACCAAUGAUGGCUUCCUGAAGGUCUGCAUCGAUUCUUGCCUGAGCUUAGUAUAAUAAUAACCUCCUCAUGAGUCUCCCUGCCUUUGUCUUGCUCCCUUGUAAAUCAUUCUCCUUACAGGUUCUAGAAUGAUCAAGUCCGUUUCAAAACUGUGAUGGUGAAUUUUACAUAUCAACUUGACUGGGCCUUGGGGUACCUAGAUAUUUGGUCAGACAUCUGGCUACAUCAGUGGUGGUGUUUUCGAUGAGAUUAAUAUUUGACUCACCAGACUGAAUAAAGCAGAUUGCUCUCCCUAACAGGAGAGGGCCUCAUAUAAUCAGUUGAAGGCCUGAAUAGGACAAAAGGGUUGAGUAAGGAGAAACUCCUCCUGCCCGAUUGCCUUGAAUUGGGACAUCAGUUCUCUCCUGCCUUAAGACUCCAACUGAAACAUCUGCGCUUCCUGGCUCUUGAGCCUGCCAUUGUUCAGACCGAGACCACACCACCGGUUUUCCUGGGUCUCCAGCUUGCUGACUGCAGAUCUUGGGACUCAGCGUCUAUCUUCAUGUGAGCCAAUUCCUUACAAUA